UUAAUUGGCUUCGGGGAGAAUGGGCCCUGGUGUGGGUGUCUGUGCCUGUGCCUUGACUGGUGUCCUCUGCAGUCUGCCACCUCCUGCCUUGUGCCCGUUACUCGCUGAAUUGGAAAAAGGGGCUCGAAAAUGUGUGGCUGUGUAAUAUAUACUGUAUAUUCACACACGCGAGACCGUGUACAUCUCGACUACAGCGCCGAGUGGAGGUCGUGUCUUAUCUUUGGCGGGGGGACUACAGUAUGUCAGGCCAGGUCGAAACCAGGCGUGGUGCAAUUUUACACUGCAGAUAAGGAGAACCUGAGAGGGCACUUUCUGCCAAACGAUCUGCUUUUCCUGCUUUUCCAGGAGUAGUGCCCAGUGCCCAGCUGACAUUCUGAUACAGAGCACAUUGACUACGUUGGAAAUGAGAAUCGUAUCCGAACGGCUUUAACCUGUUCCAUCACGAGAGGGGAAAAGGUUGAAGGGGGUUUCUGAGAAUGCAUUUUGCUUUUCUUGUUCCCCCGUUAAUCACGUUAAACACUCGGGUCUUAACUUUACUGACACUAUGCACCACGUCAUGACCAAUCAUGGCUUACUGUAAAAUAAAAAACGCUGUUCUUGAUCCCAGCUACUUCAGUUUUCUCGUUGCUUUCCUUCACUCUGUGGAUAUCAGAUGUCGAUAAUAACUGCGUUACAGAUUGCUGCGAGCUUUCCCUACUCAUUGCACUUUGGGGAACUAGUUGAGCAACAACUAGUGAUGCAAAACCACCAUUGUUUUCUUUCGUAUCCGCACAGGAAUAUUGUUAAAGACAUCAUACAGAAUAAAAGAAACUCUUUCUACAUAUGGGCAUGCAACACAAAUGCGCAUUUCUACGUAUUCCCUAUGGCCUCUUUCAAUAAAAUGCACAGAAACCGUAUUGUUACAGACGUCCCCCCCCCGUAGUUUCGCCUGCAUGCACAGUUUUAUGAAGUCAGACUGUGGGCGUUGCUGAGAUUUCAGCCAAUCGCCUACGUGUCCUGGCCAUGACGUCGCCGUCUGGGUUCAGCCACAGGCUGGCCUGCCUGCGCGCAGGGCUGGGAGAAAGGGGAGCAGCGACUGCGAAAAUGACUGUUGCGAGGAGUUCCCCUUCCCACCGAAGCGCAGAAUAGUUUUUUUUUUUUAAAUGGAGCUUGUAUUUUUGUAGUUAGCGAAACAACAAAUAAUAAAAAAAAAAGCAAUAACGGCAGCAAUGGCCACCAAGGAGCUACGGCCGCGCCGCCAAGCCCCCGUGAUUGUCAAACAGGAGCAGGACGACGACUCGGACGCCGAGGAGCCGAACCUGGGGCCGAAGAAGCCGGACGGGCAGGAGCCGCAGAUCAUCCACAGCGGCCACUUCAUGGUGUCCUCCCCGCACAGCGAGCACCCCCCGAAGAAGGGCUACGACUUCGACACGGUCAACAAGCAGACCUGCCAGACGUACUGCUUCGGCAAGACCAGCACGUCGCACCUCUCCAUCGACGCGUCGCUCACCAAGCUGUUCGAGUGCAUGACUCUGGCGUACAGUGGGAAGUUGGUGUCACCGAAGUGGAAAAACUUUAAAGGUCUGAAACUGCUGUGGAGGGACAAAAUCCGACUGAACAAUGCCAUCUGGAGAGCCUGGUACAUGCAAUACGUCGAAAAGAGAGACAACCCAGUCUGCCGUUUCGUCACCCCGUUGGACGGGUCCAUCGACUCGGAAGAUCAUCGCCGACCGGAGGCUAUAGUAACAGAUGGGAAAAACUGGAAGAGAAGAAUUGAAAUAGUUAUAAGGGAAUAUCACAAGUGGCGUACCUACUUCAAAAAAAGGUUGCAGAAGCACAAAGAUGAUGAUCUCUCCAGCCUGCUUAAGGACGAGGAGGCGGCGGCGGCGGCCCGGGCGUCCGGCCGCAAGAGCCGGGAGUCUCCAGUGCCCAUGGAGAUGGACCAGCUCUUCGACAUGGACAUGCUCAUGUCCGAGUUCUCCGACACGCUCUUCUCCACCCUCUCCUCGCACCAGGCGUGGCCGAACCCCAGGGAGAUCGCACAUGCUGGAAAUGCAGAUAUGAUUCAACCAGGAUUGAUUCCUCUCCAGCCAGAUUUAGGUUUCAUGGAUACUUUUGAGCCUUUUCAAGACUUAUUUCACACUGUACGGCCUCCGGUCACUUCAAUACCAUCUUUAUCAAACAGCACUUCUACUCAGGCUUCCAUUCUGCCGCCACCCUUCGCCCUCCCCAGGCCGAUCAACCCCUCCGUCUCAGGAAAGAAGACAAAGCAUCUGCACAAAAUUGUGCCUGCUCCCAAACCAGUUACGUUCUUAGCAACAGCUUCCUUCCCUGGCCAGCCCAGUGCUGUGAUUGUCACCCCUGGACCCCUGAAAACCGAGUGUGUCCCUUCAGGGGGCGUCGUUAUUGCACCCACAGCCAUCGGGAGGACUUCAGGGUUGCCAGAGUUCCACAUACUGCAAGCUCAGAACUCGAAACACCUCAUCGUCCCCAAAGAAGAGAGGAACAGCUUAACGACCUGCACGAGCCAGGCCCCCUCCCCCACAGCCGCGCGAGACGGCCGCCGUUCGAGUCAGGGGUCCCCCUGUGCCUCGGAACAGUGCCCCAGCCCCCAGUCCCCCCAUGGCAGCUCGGCCAGCCUCGCCAAGCCGGAGCCUCAGAUGGUCAUGAAGGGCCGCAGAGGCAGUCACAUUUCUGCUGAGCAAAAGAGGCGCUUCAACAUCAAGAUCGGUUUUAAAACCUUAAGCAGUUUGGUAUCAACGUUGAAAUCUCAGUCCAAUUCAAAACCGAUCAGUAACGCCGCUACUCUGCAGAAGACAGUUGAGUACAUCGCUAAGUUACAGCAGGAGCGCCAGCAGAUGCAGGAAGAAGCCAGGCGCCUCAAGGAAGAGAUCGAAGAGCUCAGCGCUUCAAUCAACUCUUGCCAGGAGCAGCUCCCGGCUACUGGCGUCCCAAUCACGCGCCAUCGCUUCGACCACAUGCGGGACACGUUCGACGAGUACGUGAAGAACAGAACACUGCAGAACUGGAAAUUCUGGGUGUUCAGCAUAAUCAUAAAGCCAUUGUUUGAGUCAUUCAACGGGAUGGUUUCUACGACGAGCACGGAAGAGCUGUGUCAGACUACACUCCAGUGGCUUGAUCGACAUUGCUCCUUGCCCGUUCUGCGCCCAAUGGUGUUGCAAACACUGCGCCAGCUCAGCACGACAACAUCCAUCCUGUCGGACCCCUCCCUUCUGCCAGAGCAAGCCAAACAAGCCGUUACCAGGAUCAGCCCGCGAACCGGAGAGUCCUAGCUUGCAGAGCCAGAAUGGGAGAGAGCUCGCUCGCCACUCCUUCCUUUAGCAGACUCGCGAUUGCUCCUGCGUUUGUGCUCCGUUUCUUCCUCAUGCCUCUUGCACAACCACGGCUCGGGCUCCCGUUCUCCACAAUGUCCACGUGGAUUCCCAUGAGCCCCAGAAGUCCCGCUACCUAAUAAAGGGAGGUCUGGGAGGUGAGGGGUGUGGAGCAAGCGGCCCAGCCAGUGUGGCUGAGUAGGUUCCGUGGGAUCCUCCAAGACGCUGCUGGUCGCGAUUCGUGGAUCAGUAAGCCACUUGUAAGCCAGUGAGCCAGACGGGCGCAUUUUCCUCCACUUGUUUGUUCAUGGUGCUUUACCUGUCUCUCCCCUGUCAAGCCUGGCAGCACGUGGAUCUAGGUAGCUGGAGGGCAGAUCUCAGGUACGCACUGGGCUGAAGAGCUGUUUCAGCGUUGCUGGCUUAUUGCACUAGCAUGUUUGGGGCAGAGAUUGUUCGCCGGAAGAGCCACAGGAGAUAAGGAGAUGCAUCAGUGAGGAGACUCUGAAUGGAUGAGCCAGAUUGUGGCUGUUUUUUUUCUUUUUUUUUUUGUAGUUACUCUUAAAAGUCGUACAAAAACAAAGUCAGCAGGACAGUGCAUCUUGGUAGUGUUCUCUUUCUUGCUUCUUGCACAAAAGCAUUAAGCUCACUGUGCAUAUUUAAAAAAAAAACCAAAGAGCGCUAUUUUUGCAUCACAUUUAUGUUAUCUUUACAGCUUAGUUGGGUUUUCUGCCAUAUCUGUUGGUUUGACCAUAUCUUUGGUUUAGUGAUGCGAUUGCCAUUAUCUGAACUGUUUGAGAAUUGGGAUUGCAUAUGUGAAGCUACCUUUUGUGCAGCGUUUUUAAUGCUUUAAAAUGUUGAACAGGAACUGUCAGCUGACUGCAAGCCCUCCUUUGAGCGUCUCCUGUCGAAAUGGGAUUCAGAGAACCGUGCCUCUGCACAACAGGAGGUACAGCAUGACAGCCUUCUUUUAAAGGGAACAGCUCAAGCCAAACCAUCUUCUGAUGCCUGUUGCAAUAAAUUGUACAUAGUCUGUUACUUGCAUAAACCCCCUAUAUACUUUUAAGAAACAGAAACCAGUAUUGGAGAGCGUUUGAAAAUUGGGAACAAGUUACUUCUGCAGCUGCUGUAUGGAGUAUGACUGUAUUAGACUUUCUAAAUUAUUCAAAUGUGAUACUUUUACAGUGAAAUGUUGUUGUUGUUGUUGUUGUUGUUUUUUUUGCUAGGUGAAGGGCUAAAUAAGGCGGGCUGUGUAUUUAUGCUUGAGUGCUCAGGGAUAUACACUAGAUUAUUCUGAGUUAUUUCUACCAAAUACAAUGGAAUAAAAUCAGGGGCAUAUCACUGAAUGUGCAUUUUCGUGUAAGCAAGCAAGUUCUGCGUUUUUCCCUACCCCAUUUAUUUCAUUGAAGUGUUUUGGUAUUUUUUUAUACUCCCACAUGUUGCGUUCUUUGGCUCUGUUGAAAUAUAUUUUUAUGGAAUUCCUUUGUCCGCCUGUCCUGCUGGUCAUAAUAAAGUCUGUUCUUGUGACUGAAAUUAAGUAGAGGCUGCUUUAAAUGAAGUGCAAGAUGGUUAAGCAAGUUACCAGUGCCUUAGAGUUGGCAAUACAGUACUUGUUUUCACAUCUUAGGCCUAGAAAUGCAUGAUGUAGCUUGUAAGUGGCAGUCUCUGAUUUUUUGUUUGGGGUAGGGGUGGGGUCGUUGAAUAUUCAGAGACGGCAUGUUCUGCAGAAGUUAGGAUUUUAGUUAGAAGUUAGAACUUUUCUGUUCGGCUUCUCAUCUAAUGUUCAGCCAUGAGAUUUGACUUCAAAAGGAAUCCUGGAGAAUCGGCCCGUGAGUUCUGUUACAGGAGCAGCCUGGAAGACACACUUUCCAUUUCGGGAUUGGCACGUGUUUUUGUUUUCACCUCAUCUGGCGGUUCACGCUCUUGUGGAAUUGGGAGAACUUUCCCUGAUGCCUUUAAACACUUUGAAAUUGCAAUUGUAGCACGACAAAAGCCUUGUGUUCAUCAAGAAAUGUAUGUUUUUUUAAGGAGUUUCAGGAACAGAUGGAAGAAAUUCCUUCUCUUGAGAGCAAUAAGUACCGGGUUGUGCAAAAUGCUGUAUAAUUUUGAAGGUCUCUGCAACUUUUUAGUGAAUCAGUGGUUUAUAAGUAAUGCACUUUUAAAACUGUGUGUGCGCCGUGUUGCUACAUGGCAGAAGUCUGUAAUUUUUAAAACUCCCGUCCAUAUUGAAACAUUUGAAAAUGUGUAAGUGACUUGGAUCAAAUGACUGAGAUGUACAGUAAAAGGAUUUAAGCAAGUUUUUUUUUUAAACCCUUAUCCCUGUCUAGCCCUUCAGGCUUUCUUAAUGAGAGAUUACUAAAAUCCUUAAGAUUCAAGGACUUCUUGACAUCUUUGCAGUUUGCAUAGUUCAGUCAUCCUAAAUAAUACAGAUGUGCUUCACAAGUGGAAGGUAUAGACAAUCCACAUUAUUCCUGUACUGGUAAAAGGGGCUGUUGUGCUUAACAUGAGGUCAUUCUGAAUUGGCAGGUCUAAUCAAUCCUGUAUUUAAAAUACAAAUUCCAAGUGCUUAAGCACAAGCAUGAAAAAUAAGAUAACAGGCAUUUUUAACAAUGCAUUACAGGGGGUUGGUGUUACAUUGCAAAGCUUUUCAUUUUUAUACAGCUUUUAAUGAAAACUCGGCAAAGUUCUUCUCGGCUCAGGAACUUUAUAUCUAUAGAGGCAGUCAGUGGGAAGCCACUUCAUACAGGGAUAGUCAAAAUGCUGUUGACAACUUUGACAGUUUAUUACAAAUUAAUUACAUGGGUUACUGUGACAAAAAAGGUUUCAAACAAAAGCAUAAAUAUCAAAGUUUAUAACCGUUACCUUACAAUCCUUUCACCAUCUUUGGAGGAAAAAACAAAACUCUAGUAAAAAAAAUUGGCAUUUAUACUUGUCGAUAAACAUUUUGACUAACCCUGUACUCUUGGUUGAGCUGUGUGAAUAAUUUGACUAAUUUAACAGCAAACUUGGGGACUAUGCAAAGACAAAAGCACAAUGGGUUGACUAGAUGCUUUUUCGUGUCUUGAAAUUGCCUCCGUUCUGCAUUCCUCUUUUUCAACGUGAUUUGCUUUUGAAGGUUUGCAUUCUAGGUCAUAAACUUAAGUGGUCUAGUUCAAUUUUAUAAAGAUCUCUUCGAUGCUUUGCAAACAUUUGUACAUAAAGCUUUUUUUGUUUCUGGAAAUUACAGAAUGUUUUUUGUGUUAUUGGUGUUUGUAGAACUGCAGGCUUAAGAUUUCCAUUCAAAUGGAACUGAAAGGCAUUUAAAUUUGGAUAUGAAAUUGUAAAUGUGUAUUUCAGCUGGUUCCUCCCCUUCUUUUUGUAAAUAACUGGCCUAGUUUUUGUUUCAGUGAUUUUUUUUGUAUUUCAGGUUUUGACAAUUUUAUUCUAUUGUCAUUAUUAUCUAUUAUUUGAAAAAUUUAAAGAGUUACAAGGCAUGGAACAAAAUGCAAAAAUUGAAAUUCAGAUAAGCUUAAUUUCAUGUUUUGUCUGUGUAUGCAUUUUAAAGGUAUGAUGUGUUGAGAUCAUUGGUUUCUUUCAUGGAUGUGCACGGACUUCAAGAAAGAACUAGACAUCGUUUGAAUUCAUCUUAAUCACCGAACUUUUCCAACCAGUGUGCAGCUGGAACCCAGGAGAACUCUGAAACAGAUGACAGCCACAACGGCUGUCCGAAGCCUCAACUAGAAAACUAGACUUGGGCUCAGAGCUCCAGCAUAUUGCUACCAGUCUUCUUUUUCUAUGUUGAAAACAUUUGACCUUAAGAUCAGGAAAUAUUACCUUCCCACCCAAACAGUACUGUAAACUUCAAAAAGGAAGGAACAUCUUGUCAAAGUGUUAUAGUAGUUAUAUUAAAAGUGGGAGUCCUCUUCAAAGGACUGGUUGCAGCACUUUUUUAAAAAACAUUCCCCCUCCCCCCCCACUCCACCCACAUCGGAAACCGUUUGAGUCACGACUUUCUUGUGGAAUCACCUUAAAGAGAUGCUGCACAGGAUUUACCUGAGGAGGGCCGAAGACCUGAAAAGUCAGAUAUCCAGAGCCAUUGUGGCCAUUACAGCAGUGAUGCGCAAUGCAGGGGGUGCUUUCUUGAAGGCCUUGUAGGAGAUCUGCAGGAUAAGAAUGAGGUAUGCAACUGGUCUCGCACAGAAUUCAGAUUUUUGAUCCAAUAAAAGAGUUCACAAGACAGGUGA